CUCUCUUUUCCUUCGUGUCCGUGGGAUUUUGGAAGCUGCCGCCUCGGGGCCGGGCGCUGCGCCCGCUUUCUCUUCCUCUUUCCGUUGGAUUUGGGAAAGUUUCAAUGUUAUUGAGGGGGGAAAAAGAAAGCGUUUUGAAGACAAAAAGAAUCACCCGAGUGCAGCCAGCUGUGCAAACACAGGGCCGUGGGUCCAACAUGAAGGAAAAACGAAGUUCCGCCAAGAGUUAAACUUUAACCCUGCCCAUUUAUCCAUAUUUUAUGUGUAUUUCAUAUGAGAUUUCCCCUGUGCUCUUUCCCCAGCCCAGCAACUGCCUUUCCUGCUGUUGACAGCCCAGCUUGCUAAGAGGCAAACAGCAGCUCUGCUCCUGAGCUCCACUCACCUUCAGUCCUUGUCCCUGCAGGCACUGAGCCACGAUGGGUUUUGCUGAGGACAAAGUGUACAACCACAUCUUGAAGAACAUGAGCAGGUUCUGUGACAUCCACGUGGCGUCGCUGGUCGAUUCCCUGAGCUGCCUCACCGAUGCUGACAGGGAUGAGCUUCACACCCGGCAGGAGAUGCGGGGGAUCCGUGCCACUGUGUACAAAUUUUACCAGCACCUGAAGUGCCGAAAGGGCUGGGUGAUGGACCUGAUCAACGCACUGCACCAGAACAAUGCAGGGCACCUGGCUGAGGAGCUGCAGCGGGUUUAUGACCUCUACCAAGCCCCUCCUUCAGGUGCCUUGGCUCCUCCAAGUGCUUCAGCUUCUGCUGCCUGGCCUGCUGUUUCCUCCGACGGUGCCCUGAAGCCAUUCUCAGGGCCAAGCUCUGCUGCAGAAGCCCCAAAGGCUGAGCCACCACGCUCCAACCCAUCUGCUGGUGGCCAUCCACCUCUCUCACCUGCUGCUGCCACCACUGCGACCUCAGCUGUGAGCUCGGAUGUUUCCAGCACAGAACUCGAUGCCAGGGCACCGGUGCAGGAAUCGCACCCAGAAGGAAAGAGUCCCCAGCCUCCGCUGAUGACGAACACGGUCUGUGAUGGCAAAGAGAAACCUGUCCCAUACCCCACCAAAGAGCUUCAAGAGGCAGUGGAGACCCCUGGGGCAUCCAGCACAGUUUUACCAUCUGUGUCCCCUGAGCAAACCAGGAACGAGCCCCAAGAAGACGUCUACAUUUCCAGCGAGUUGCCUGUGAGGUUGGUGGAGACCGCUGGCGGUGGGGGACUGCAGCCCCCAGCCUCUCUGAGGACACAGGAGCAACGAGCUGUGCGCAGUUCCAAGCACGACGGGCCCCCGAGCAGCUUUCUGGAUGUGCACAACCCCUUGCUUAUACAACAGCAGUUUGAUGUAGAGCAAAAGCAGAUUGAGAGAGAGCGUGAAGGAGGUGGAGAUGUUUGGAAGGAAACAGCCACCUCAGUCUCAACCUCUGCACCCAGAGAUAUUUCCCCAUUCUGUGACACCUCCUUGAAGCCUCCUGUACGAGAGAGAACGCUGCCUGGGGAGGAAGCAGCCAGCAGCACCCCCUCCAUGCCACAGAAGGAGCAAGUGCUCUCUGCCUCAGUGGCCUCCCUCUCAGCUAUGAAUGCUGCAGGAAGCUUUGAAGGCGCAGCUGGGAAGACCCCCUCACGAGUGAGCUCUGCUGCCAGCAUCUGGGCAUCUCAUGAUAAUGAGGAGGAAGACGUGGAGCUCAGCAAGCCAGGUGCCCUCCAGUCUGUAGUAGGAGAGAGCCCAAAAAAGGCAGCUGCCAGAUACCUGGGCAGCCCCAGUUCCAACACAUCCAGUCACCCUGGCUUGAGCAGCGACCCGCUCAUGGUGAGCGCAGACAGCUUGAGGCCUGGAGAAGCACAGUCCAGAGCCAACUCAGGGCGCUGGUCUGCAACUCCAGCAGUUCAUGCAGACCCUGGGGGAGAAAAGGCAGCUGGAGUGAGCCCUUAUCCACCUCUGAGCUGGGCCAGCCCUUCUGUGGGCACCCACGAGGUCCAUGUGGAACAUCACCUCAGUGCCCUGCUGGAAGCAGGCAAUGAUGUCCGAGAUGGAGCAGUCCCCUCUGAAGGCUCUCCUGACUCAAACAAGGGAAGUAAUGCUGCAACCAACUCAUCUCAGGUCAAAGUCCCCACAUCAGGGGACAGCAAUGGGCCGUCCCUGCUGUACAUCCUCCCAGCUGUUGGCAUUGCACUGAUUUCAGUGUUUCUGGUGUACACACGAUUGCAGAAAUAGCAGCAGAGAGAAGAUGAGAUGCCACGGCUACCAAAGGGAGAUUCCUCUUCGUAGCAGGAAGUUGGCCAGCAUGUUUGAAGCCCGAAGAACAGUUAGAGGGACUGUAGGGGCUUUGUUAAAUCUCUUCCCAGAAAGUUUCCUGGAAGAGGCCUUGGUUGUGUGAUGCUGUUGGGUUUUGGUCUGAUUCCCAACCGCCUUCCUGUCUGUGCUGCCUUCUUUUUCACCCACAAUGAGGGUGUCUCUCAGGAGGGGAUCCCUCGAGGCCAAAAUCAGAGCCUUCCUGGUCAUUCUCAUCUUCACAUUUGGUUCUGGAUGGCCCCUCUCCUGCCAAGAAAUGUUCCUGUGAUGAGGAUGUGCCAGGCUGGACUGUGUGCAAGCUGUCCCCUCUCCCAGGAGCCCUCAUCCUGCUUCAGUGCUUUCCUUUGGAGUAUCGUGCCCUGCACCUGUGGGUCAGAAAUGGCACAGGAUCCAGGACUUCGACACACAGCACUGACACCCCUGGGGAUGGAGCAGUGGAGCCAGAAGGAGUUGUGUAUGCCCUUGUGCAGCUUUCUCAUGGAUCAAUCUCACUUC